UGCCCAUCACCAGACCCUUAAUCAUAUCUUCUUCAGCUACUGCCACGUGUCACUCUGACCGUGAACAGCCUUUAUCUCCUCCAAGUCCACUUGUGUUCUUGAUUUUUUUUGUCUUCACCAUUCUCUCUACUCAGAGCUCUUCUUCUUUCUUGGAUCAAAAAACCUCGAGCUUUUAACAAUGGAGACCAGCAUCGCGUGCUACUCACGUGGGAUCCUUCCCCCAAGUGUCUCUUCUCAACGAUCCUCUACAUUGGUCUCUCCUCCUUCCUUCUCCACAUCCUCCAGCUUCAAGCGUCUGAAAUCGAGCUCAAUCUUCGGAGAUUCACUACGAUUAGCACCAAAAUCGCAAUUUAAAGCCACAAAGACUAAGAGCAAUGGUGUUUCAACUGUUACCAAAUGUGAAAUUGGCCAAAGCUUGGAAGAGUUUUUGGCACAAGCAACUCCUGACAAGGGAUUGAGAACUUUGCUCAUGUGUAUGGGAGAAGCAUUGAGGACAAUAGCUUUCAAAGUUAGAACAGCUUCUUGUGGUGGAACAGCUUGUGUUAAUUCCUUUGGCGAUGAACAACUCGCUGUCGAUAUGCUUGCUGAUAAGCUCCUCUUUGAGGCUUUGCAAUACUCGCAUGUGUGCAAGUAUGCUUGCUCUGAAGAAGUACCUGAGCUUCAAGACAUGGGAGGUCCAGUGGAAGGUGGGUUUAGUGUUGCGUUUGAUCCAUUGGAUGGAUCAAGCAUUGUGGAUACAAAUUUCACUGUGGGAACCAUAUUCGGGGUUUGGCCUGGAGACAAGUUAACCGGAGUCACGGGAGGAGAUCAAGUGGCUGCAGCCAUGGGAAUCUACGGUCCACGAACCACUUAUGUUUUGGCUGUUAAGGGAUUUCCAGGAACUCAUGAGUUCUUGCUUCUUGAUGAAGGGAAAUGGCAGCAUGUUAAGGAGACAACAGAGAUCGCCGAAGGGAAAAUGUUCUCACCAGGAAACUUAAGAGCCACAUUCGACAACUCCGAAUACAGCAAGCUGAUUGAUUACUACGUGAAAGAGAAGUACACAUUGCGAUACACCGGAGGAAUGGUUCCUGACGUUAACCAGAUUAUUGUGAAGGAGAAAGGAAUCUUCACAAAUGUGACCUCUCCUACGGCUAAGGCAAAGUUGAGGCUGUUGUUCGAAGUUGCUCCUCUUGGCCUGCUCAUAGAGAAUGCUGGUGGAUUCAGCAGUGAUGGAUACAAGUCCGUGCUCGACAAGACCAUCGUCAAUCUCGACGAUAGAACUCAAGUUGCUUAUGGCUCAAAGAACGAAAUCAUCCGCUUCGAAGAAACCCUUUACGGAACAUCAAGACUCAAGAAUGUUCCCAUUGGAGUUACUGCUUAGAACCCAUUUAUAAAAAUAUUUGAAAGGCAUGUCUAUUUUUCCAUUAACCGGAUAAUCUUCUUUUCCCUUGGUUUAUAUAAGAGAAGCAACAAAACUAUUACCAAACUUUUAGUAUCCCACAACUAUGAAACCAAAACUUGUGAUA